GCCUCUCCUCCCCCGUCGACGGCUCCAUCUCCGUAUGAGUCGUCAAAGCAUAUAUCACGGUACUCGUCGCCCUCGAGUGUGUCAUCUAUCAAUCCGGACGAUGGUAUCCCGGCACGGAAGAUCGGCGUUUCCCCCCAGCAGCCCCAGUACCCCCGCACGAAAGAAGCGUACUGGACCGUCGUCCAAACGAACAACAUUCACGUGCCGUCCUUGCGGGAGACGAAGUGGCUCACGGCCGGGGUCCUCGGCUGUGGGGGGUUCGCUCUGGUGUAUCACGUGUUCAACGUCGCGCUCCAGCGGCCGUGUGCGAUGAAGGUCGUGCGCUUCGUGCGGGGCCUGCCGGAGUCGGCUUGCGCGGGGCUCAUCAACGAGCUCAAGGUACUUGCGCUCUUGGGCGAGGAGAGGGAGAACUGCUCGCCGUUCGUUCUGCAGCCGUUCAUGGUUGACGGGCUUUGGGCGUGGCGAUCGACGAGGGGGAAUCUGCAUAUCGUCACGGACGUUUGCGGCGGGGGAUCGCUCACAGCCUACCGGUUCCGACUUUCAUACCCGUCGCUGGUUCUGGUGAUCGCGGAAAUUGUCCUUGGUCUGCACUGGCUCCAUGAGCACGGCAUCGUGCACCACGACGUGAAGCCAGGCAACGUGAUGGUCAGCGCCAGUGGACAUUGCGUACUGGGCGAUUUUGGCGGAGCGCAAUUCCUGGACCAUCGGGGAAAGCUCUCGCGCAACAGCGACUCGUGCAUGGUCAUGACUACACAAUUUGCGGCGCCGGAGAUCCUCGUGAGGCUCGAUGACGGUCAGGUCAAGGAGUACGAUGAGGCGGUGGACUAUUGGUCUCUCGGCGCGACAAUCGUCUCGAUGGUGUUGGAAGAGGACUACCUCCCCGGAGCGUCCGAGCCCGCGUUCAUGGAGUUUCGUGUUGACAAGAUCCAGACUCAAUUACGGCGGCGGAAUAUGCCUGAUGAUCUGGAAGAUCUGGUGAUGGAUUUGUUGCGCAUGGAUCCCGCUAGACGGUGCAGGUACCCCGCUAUCAUGCAGCAACCGAUAUUCUACCACACGAAUUGGCAGGAUGUCGAGAAUCAGGCGCAGGCUGCCAUUCCGGCCCUCAGGGAUAUCGCCGCAAACGCGCACGGAUGGGAGUACCCUACGCCGAAGAUCCACAAGUCAAACGAGGCGACUGUAGACUUCCUCGCGGCGCUGCGUGAACAGCGCUUAUCCCUUGCCGUCGACGACUCGUACGAUGUGGAUCGGCACAACGCAAAAAUGGCGAACUGCCUCUCCCUAGGUUAUCCUUUCUGAUCCCUCUGAUCCCCCCCUCUCGCACUUCAUCGCCAUCUUCGUAUCGCUUUCGUCGUCCUCCUGUUGUAUCGCUAACAUGUUGUUGCCAUUCUUCCUGCUUCACCGAACGCAUGGAACUCUAGCUUACUGUAUCGCCCAUCAUACAUAACGUCCGUUGUCGCUCUUCUUCC